AUGUCGGGUGGAGGAAGACAAGUGUUGUACCCACUAUGGAAGUAUGUUGAUCGUGUUCCGAGGCCGAAAGGAUCAGGUGGAACAGCCACUAUCAAAUGCAAAUUUUAUAAUUUUGGAUGGAAAGAUACCUACACGAGGGUGAAGGCUCAUUUCCUCCACUUGCCAUGUAAUGGUGUUGAAAGUUGUCCAAAUGAGUGUGAAAGAUAUGAUGCUAUGAGAGAACAGGAAAGGGCUGAUGGGAAAGUUGUUAUGCGAAGCUCUCAUGCUUCAACAACAGGGGCAACUAAUACAACUUACAGUCAUGAUAUAGAGUCAGAGGUGGAUGUGACUUCUAGAGGUUUAGCAACUGAACCAGCUCCCAAAAGACCACACAUUGGCAGCGCAAACCCCAUUGGAAGAUUGUUUGAUGUGCAAGGACGAGAAGCAGUUGAUGCAGCCAUUGGACGAUUCUUUUAUGCAAAUGGAAUAUCAUUCAAUGUGGCUCGUUGUCCAUUCUAUGAAGAGAUGGUUCGUGCUAUCAAUAAGGCACCAGCAGGCUAUAAACCACCUGGGUAUGAGAAGCUUCGCACUACUCUUGUUGAUAAAGAAAAAAGUCGAUUAAAGGAACAAACUGCACCAUUGAAAAGAGUGUGGGCUCAAGAAGGAUGGCAAGAAAAAAAUACAGAAUUUUUUCAUAGCCAGCUAUGUGAUAGCAUUGAGGAGGUGGGGGCAUCACAUGUAGUCCAAGUUGUUACUGAUGCUGCCCCUGUUUGUAAAGCAGCAGGCAUGUUGGUGCAAAAGAGGUACAGGCAGAUAUUUUGGACACCAUGUUGUGUGCAUUCAUUAAAUAAUGCUCUCAAGGAUAUUGGCAAGUUCCAAUGGAUUUCAAAUCUCAUAGAGAAGGGCAGAAAGAUACAAAUGUUCAUAUGUAACCAUCACCACACACAAGCCAUUUAUCGUAAAUUUGCCAAGGUGGAACUUCUCAAACCUACUAACACACGUUUUGCUUCUUACUUCAUUCUUCUUGACCACCUUUGUGAAGUCAAAGGAGCUUUGUGUUCCACGGUUGUUAGUGAUGCAUGGGCAGCUUGGAAACAAUCUGCAUUAGAUAUUGUAGUUGAGGUGAGAGCUAUGGUCCUUGAUGAGCAUUUUUGGGCUGAUGUUAAGUUUGUUGUGGACUUUAUUAAGCCCAUAUGUGAGGUGAUCAAAUUUGCAGAUUCAGAUAAGGCAUGUUUGGGAGAGGUUUAUGAAGCAAUAGAUUCCAUGUGUGAAAGAGUAAAGAAGAUAACUGAUGCAAAAGAUAUUUCUCUAUAUCCUUUGAUAGAAGAAAAGUUACAUGGAAGGUGGAACAAACUUAACACACCUCUUCAUUGUGCUACCUAUGCCCUUAAUCCUAAAUGGUAUGAUAUAGAAGUGACCAAAAAGAGAGCUCCACAUCAGGAUAGAGAGGUAAUGAAGGGCUUUUGGGCUGCGGUUAAAAAGAUUUAUGGCCGAGGUGAGGAAGCUUCAGUUAUGAGGACUCAAUGGAAUAAGUUUUCACGUGGGCAAGGUGAUUUUGCUUCUGUGGAAGCUAUAUAUGAUAUGAAAGUAAAGAAAGACCCUAUAGAGUGGUGGUGGAAUCAUGGAAGUGAAGCCCCUGAAUUCUCACUUCGUCUUCUCUCUCGUGUAGAUCCUAGAUACAAUGAGGGUCCUUCGGCAAAAUGGGAUCAAAUUUCACCUGAUGGAGACGUUGUAGCCAUUGUAGAUGAAGUGGCUGAAGCAGAUGGACUAGCUGAUUUACCCCCUGUUAUUCUACCAUCAGAGGAACCCAAAUUCGAGAGUGAUGACUAUUUGGAGAGCCUCAUAGCUGAUGACCUUGAUAUGGAUGAUCAUGGCGAAGAAGAGUAG